GAGGAAGAAGUGCAGAUGGAUUUAAUUUGGCUCAAAGGGACUAGCAUAUACAACCACUCACGCACUAUCCAUUCAGACUUUCGGUGAUACCCCAACGCAGCGUAGACUACAGCGAUGUCUACCUCUGCCACAUAUUCGCGAUCCUCACGUGAGUCCGCAAGUCUCAUAGGACAACGUCGCGACAUGCCACCAGCUUAUACUGAAGUUCAUAGCAACUCAACGGACCAGAUUCUCAUCGCAGUGAUGGGUGCUACCGGCGCUGGGAAAUCUUCAUUCAUCAACUUAGUUUCAGGAUCCGACCUAGAGGUCGGGACAGGCUUGAGAUCGUGCACCCGAGGUGUAGAUAUUUCGUCUCCUUUCACCAUAGGCGGUCGCACAGCAACCUUGAUCGACACUCCCGGAUUCGAUGAUACCAACCUCUCGGAUACCGAGGUUUUGACCAUCAUCUCUCUCUUUCUGUCCACGAUAUAUGAGCAAGGCGGCGUCCUCAAUGGUGUCCUCUUCUUUCAUCGGAUCUCCGACGUCAGGAUGGGAGGCAUCUCACGUCGAAACUUCAACAUGUUCAGACAUUUGUGCGGAGACGAAGGUCUUCGCAAUGUCGUCAUUGUGACCAACAUGUGGGACGAGGUGUCGGAGGAACAAGGACUCGCGAGAGUGCAACAGCUGGCGAACGAAGAUAUGUUCUUCAAGCCCGCUCUGCAACUUGGCGCGAUAAUGCUCCCUCAUGAUCGUACGAUAGGGUCGGCCCAGGAAAUUGUGCGGCAAGCCUGCCGAAAUACUCCUGUUGUCCUCCGCUUGCAGAGGGAGCUUGUCAUCGAGAAUAAGAGCCUAGCGGAGACGGCAGCAGGUAUGGCCUUGGACGAAGAGCUUGCUGCGCAGACCAGAAAGUACACGGAAGAAUUGCAGGAGUUGCAGGCAGAGUUGGACAGCGUGAUCGAGAGCCACGACGAACAGGCAGCAAAUGAGCUGGCCAAAGCAAAGCUAGACAUGGAAGCAAAUGUCAAGAGGAUCAACGGAGAGCGACAGAAGCUUGGUAAUAGCUAUGCGAAGGAAAAGGGGGCAAUGACUAAUGAACUAGAAUUAUUGAGGCAGGAUUUGCAGCAGGAGCGAGCAGCUACGGCUAGGACAAGUGCCAAUAUUGCCCGACUUCGCAGAAGAAGCGAACAACAAUUCCGAUACGACCAAGAGCAAAUGGCUAGGCUGGCACAAUCCGCCACCGAUAUCGAGAUUCAGCAGAGGCAGAGGGCGCGACAGAGGGACGGAAUAUUGAACAUGGUAAUACCAGCAGUCCUGAGGCUUUUCCACUAUGCACAAUUACAUGUCUUGAGGCGUUAGCUUGGCUAUUCGAAUUCCUUCUUAUGUUCAAGGUCGAAUGUCAGGAAAAAAAAACACGACCUACAAUUGAUAAAUGCAUACCUUUCUAGCCGGGGAAGUCUACAAUGUGACA